AAUACGACUGUAGCUUUUCAACAGAGUGGAAGAUUAUUUGAUCUGCUGCUUCUGCAGUGAAAUUCAAGAUUUAUUAGUUUUAAUUGAAGAUUUUUAAAUUUAUGGUCUGAGAGAAGAUGAAGGUCUAUCACAGUCUGUCUGAGAACAUGUUGACAGUCAACAUGUUACUGAGUGUCUUCUUUCUUUCAGGUGUCUCUGCUGGUGGUUGUGGUGGUCAUCAAAUUACCUUUGUCAUUACAACACCAAAGUCCAUUGUAGCACUGAAUGGAUCUUGUUUGCAAGUCCCAUGUAGCUUCACAGUUCAAGUAGCAGAAAACGAUUUUGACAGAGGAGAACAAACCUCUGCGAAAUGGAUUCCAAGUAAUAAGGAUAUUUUUAACAUCAGUCAGGGAUUUAAUAACGAUCAAAUAAAUAUUACUGGAAACAUAAAACAGAAAAACUGCACCACUGUGUUUUCUGACAUAAAGUCGAGACAAGAAACUGAAUACUUCCUCAGAAUCGUGAAUAGUAAAUUCAGGGCAACAGCUUGUUCUACUCCUCUUCAGUUUACAGUUCAAGAUUCUCCAGAGAAACCCAGAAUUGAACCUGAUCUGAAAGAUCUGAAGGAGCAUCAGUCUGUCACUGUAACCUGCUCAGCUUUCACUCCCUGUCCACACUCACCUCCUGAACUCACCUGGAAUCUCCAACAAGACUCUCUCAGACAAACAGAGAAAAAUACAGAUGGAACCUUAACAACUAAAAUCCAGGAGAACAUCACUCUGUCAGACACACAUGAUGGAUACAACAUCAGAUGUUCUGCCAGAUAUCCUGUGAUUGGAGGAAUCAAGACAUCAGAGACAGAAGUGACUCUCAGUGUUUCAUAUGCUCCUAAAGACACCUCAGCAUCCAUCAGUCCAUCAGGUUUGGUGUCAGCAGGUAGCAGGGUGGAGCUGAGCUGCUCCAGCAGAGCCAAACCUCCACCCAGAUUCACCUGGUUCAGGAACAGUGAACAUGGAGACAUGAAUGUGUCUGUGGGGAAAGUUUACAGCUUCAAUGCUACUGAGGGAGGAAAGUAUUACUGUGUGGCCACAAAUGAUCUGGGUAAAAACAGAUCAUCUGUGAUCCUAGUUACCAUUAAAGGUAAUUCAUAACUGACAUUAAAAGAUAUUCAGUAGAAACCU